CCCUCUCCGCCUCCCGAUCUCCUCGCAUCCCCCCCCUCGGCCCCUAUACUCCGCUUCUCCCCUUGCGCUGAUUGUCACACAUUGUUUACUACGGCUUGAAAUGUGACUCACAACAGAGGCUGUCUGCUGGAGUACCGCUCUGACAAAGCGAAGGAUUUCUUUUCUUGACGCGCGCCGUGCGUCUUGAUUAUUUUUUUGGAGGGGACACAGGUUUGUGGAGACUAACCCUUCUGCCAUGUCAGUGGAUUUGCUUGCGCUUUUAUCCGUCCUGGUCAUCACGUCCUCUGCGAUGGAAGAAACUUUGAUGGACACUCGGGUGGCCACAGCAGAGCUGGGCUGGACGGCGUAUCCGAACUCCGGGUGGGAGGAAGUGAGUGGCUACGAUGAAAACCUUAACACCAUAAGGACCUACCAAGUGUGCAAUGUCUUCGAGCCCAGCCAGAACAACUGGCUCCUCACGACCUUCAUCGAUCGCCGUGGUGCGCAGCGGAUCUAUGUGGAGAUACGAUUCACAGUUCGCGACUGCAGCUCCAUUCCAAACGUCCCCGGCUCCUGCAAGGAGACGUUUAAUCUGUACUACUAUGAAACUGAUUCUGUCAUUGCCACCAAAGGAACAGCCUUCUGGAUGGAGGCCCCCUACCUCAAGGUGGACACCAUUGCCGCGGAUGAAAGCUUUUCUCAGGUGGACUUUGGCGGGCGCCUAAUGAAAGUCAACACAGAGGUGCGCAGCUUUGGCCCGCUGUCGAAAAACGGCUUCUACCUGGCCUUUCAGGACUACGGCGCCUGUAUGUCUCUGCUGUCAGUCAGGGUGUUUUUUAAGAAGUGCCCGAGUGUGGUCCAAAACUUUGCAAUCUUUCCAGAGACCAUGACAGGGGCGGAAAGCACCUCCCUGGUCAUUGCCAGAGGAAUCUGCAUCCCAAACUCAGAAGAAGUAGAUGUCCCGAUAAAGCUCUACUGUAACGGAGAUGGAGAGUGGAUGGUGCCUAUUGGUAGCUGCACAUGCAAGGCUGGGUUUGAACCUGACAAUGGCAAUGUUUGCCGUGCAUGCCCACCAGGUACUUUCAAAUCAACCCAGGGUCCAAGYCUUUGUCUGCAGUGCCCUCCCAACAGCCGAUCCACAGCUGAGGCUGCCACUAUCUGUGUUUGCCGCAAUGGCUACUACCGUGGCGACGCUGAUCAACCGGAUGAACCCUGCACCAGCGUUCCAUCCAGCCCCAGGAAUGUGAUCUCCAUAGUGAACGAGACCUCGGUGAUCCUGGAGUGGCAUUCUCCCAGGGAGACAGGCGGCCGGGACGAUGUCGUCUACAACAUCGUGUGCAAGAAGUGCAGAGCGGACCGACGCGCCUGUUCACACUGCGAUGACAACGUGGACUUUGUGACUCGACAGCUUGGUCUGACAGAGACCAGGGUCUUCAUCAGUAACCUGUUGGCUCACACCCUCUAUAGCUUUGAGAUACAAGCCGUCAACGGUGUCAGCAACAAGAGCCCGUACCCAGCACAACAUGUCACCAUAGACAUCACCACCAACCAGGCUGGUGAGUCCCCAGUGUUUCCAGGUCAUGAUCAUUUUUGCAGCUUUGAAAAUAACAGAAUCUACAUCAUUUGCUUCUACACCAGACGCAAUUUAAUUGCUAAUGUUUUCUKCGUUCACUGCUUCUUUCAGGAUCAUGCAGAGAUAAACUCCACUGUGCUGCGCAGCCAGACCAACACUGCACGUGUGGAGGGCCUCAGGCCGGGUACAGUUUACGUGGUACAGGUGCGGGCGCGGACUGUGGCUGGCUUUGGCAAAUACAGCAGCAAGAUGUGCUUCCAAACCCUCACAGAUGACGACUUCAAGUCUGAGCUGAGGGAACAGCUUCCUCUGAUUGCUGGGUCAGCAGCUGCUGGAGUGGUCUUUAUUGUCUCGCUUAUUGCCAUCUCCAUUGUGUGCAGCAGGAAAAGAGCAUACAGCAAGGAGGCAGUGUACAGUGACAAGCUGCAACAUUACAGCACAGGAAGAGGCUCACCGGGAAUGAAGAUCUACAUUGACCCCUUCACUUACGAGGACCCUAACGAGGCAGUGCGAGAAUUCGCCAAAGAGAUUGAUGUCUCCACUGUCAAGAUUGAGGAGGUCAUCGGUGCAGGCGAAUUUGGAGAAGUGUACAAGGGUCGUUUGAAGCUGCCUGGUAAGAGGGAGAUCUAUGUGGCCAUCAAGACCCUGAAGGCUGGCUACGUUGAAAAGCAACGGCGAGACUUCCUGUCUGAAGCCUCCAUCAUGGGCCAGUUUGACCAUCCGAACAUUAUCCGUCUGGAGGGCGUCGUCACAAAGAGCCGUCCAGUCAUGAUUGUCACAGAAUUUAUGGAGAAUGGUGCCCUUGACUCAUUCCUAAGGCAAAACGACGGUCAGUUCACGGUGAUCCAGUUGGUGGGAAUGCUUCGCGGGAUAUCAGCAGGGAUGAAAUACCUCUCAGAAAUGAACUAUGUCCAUCGUGACUUGGCUGCACGAAACAUCCUCGUCAACAGCAACUUGGUGUGCAAAGUUUCCGACUUUGGCCUGUCACGCUAUUUGCAGGAAGACACGUCGGAUCCCAGCUACACCAGCUCUCUGGGUGGGAAGAUCCCAGUAAGGUGGACAGCUCCAGAGGCCAUUGCUUACAGAAAGUUCACCUCAGCCAGUGAUGUGUGGAGUUACGGUAUCGUCAUGUGGGAGGUGAUGUCAUAYGGAGAGAGGCCUUACUGGGACAUGUCCAACCAGGAUGUAAUCAAUGCUAUUGAGCAGGAUUAUCGUUUGCCACCACCCAUGGACUGCCCCAGCGCCUURCACCAACUGAUGCUGGACUGCUGGCAGAAAGAUCGCAACGUACGACCUCGCUUUGCAGAUAUUGUCAGCACCCUCGACAAAAUGAUCCGCAACCCCACCAGCCUAAAAGCUGUAGCCAACAUCCCUGCUGUGCCUUCUCAGCCAUUGUUGGACAGAUCCAUACCCGACUUCAACACCUUCAGUUCGGUAGAGGACUGGCUUGCUGCCAUCAAGAUGAGCCAGUACAGAGACAACUUCCUCAACUCAGGCUUUACCUCCCUGCAGCUUGUGGCUCAGAUGACCUCGGAGGACUUACUUAGAAUAGGAGUGACCUUGGCAGGCCAUCAGAAGAAAAUCCUCAGUAAUGUCCAGUCUAUGAGGGUGCAGAUGAGCCAGUCACCCACAACGAUGGCAUGACUACAGGGGGCGCUGUGCCAUGGAACGGGCAGCAUUCGGAGGUCCAACAACAGCAGCCCCCGAAUGACCCCCGAUCCAUCGGAACGCGCCAGAGUCGAGACUAUCGUCCUAAUCUAAACCCCUACCAUGGCAACAGGAGACCAGGGUUUGCACAACCACAUGGGAAAGGGUUGUCACAUCUCACGCUAUCCCCCACAUGCGUUCAGGGUCCAUACCUGGCACUUUUUUCUCCAUUUAUCACAAAGGAAGACAAAGACAAAACCUUGUUGUUUCCAACUAUAUUGGUGUCAUUGUAAACCAAAAUGACUACUACAAUCAGACAUCAGCACAGGGAACAACUUACGAAUUCAGCCGUUGUGGUAAACAAUUGAUAUUGUGCUUCUAUAUUAUCUGGACUAAAAAACGUUUAAAAUGUAGACACAAGUGUGAGACAUUUAGAAACCUGUGACCUGUGAUCUUUACCCAUACCGUUGUCAGUAUGCGAGAUGAAGGCGGCUUUACCUGGCGGGAAAUAGGAUACAGACAAAGACGCAACUAAAAGGAGAACUAACUAGUCGGAGAGGUAUACAGGGAUGUACAGAGGAGCACCAAUUUCAACUUUUGCAUUGUUUUUGUUUUGUUUUUUUUUUUUUAUUAAAAAAUUUUAAUACUGUAUUAUAACUGAACAAAUUCAGAGCUUUGUUAUAUUUUUGUCUUUUACCAUCUGUUUUAUGUGUUGCCACUAUAGCAAGAAGCCACCCACUUGUCUCUUAACUUAAACACUACCUGUGGAAGUCCAGUUGGAAGGUCUUGCCUAAAGGACUUUUUAACUAUCUCCACCAAGAGAAUAUAAAUAUGUUUAUCUCUUGCUAAAUAUGAUUAUAUCUUUCAUAAUAAACCUUCAUAUUGAAGGUGUURCAUAUGAAUAUGUAUGUACAGAACUCUCUGCUUGCAUUUUUGGCAAAGACAUGUUGACUAGAUUGUGAUAGACACAUGCAAUGUGCAGUUUCCUGUAAAUCCCUGGUUUCCUUAUCACAGCUGAACAACGGACUAUUGGUUCAACAUCUUCAUGUUUCAGGAGCACCCUGAUGACUUUUCCAACUGAAUCUUAACUGAGGAACUUGUAAAUUGAUUAUUGGUAAAGAACUGUUAUUGUAGAGCUGUAUGAAAAUUGUUGUAGGAGUUAAAAUAUUGGGG